UUUAACAUCCGCCAUAACAUCGUUGAACUUCUAGAAUACCAAAAUGCUUGGAAACAGGUAACUUUUUAUUAUUAUGCCUCCAAUAAUUAGGUAUAGAGCAGGAGAGGCUAUGUGACUGGAAAUCUUCAUAUUUGAACAACGAACCUAUGGCAUCCAAUAAGUCGGAACAAAUUGUAUGAACAAGGUAUGCAAAGAAAGCUUCACUACAAAAACAUUCCACGUGGUUGAGUAUAGUUAUCGAUGUGCUUUUAGGGAACCUUUUUGGCAUUACAUUGCUGACACAUGUAAAUUCUGUCUGUUAGACUAUUUUGACCUUCACUAGUGAUGUUACAAACCACUAAUAAGCUGUGCACGAUUAAUGGGAAACCCUACUUGUUUUAAGUUGAACACUAAGCUUGCAGGAGUUCUUGACACUCUUUCUUUAAAUUCAAUUCAAAUUUGGUCUACAAUAUUAGGCUCCAUGCGUUUUCUUUUUAUUUUUUUUCAUUAAAGUGUUAGCCAUAACCUGGGUUAUUUUUUGGCAAUACAACCCCUGUUGCACUAACACUUGACAUGAUUACUAUCUCAACAACAUAUAUAUUCAACUCUACAUUGGUUAAUAUCCCUCAUUUAUUUUAAGGCAGAUACAGGCAACAACGACAUUGUGGCGUCAUUUUUGGGGCAGAAGUGGAAUAAGAAUUCACUUUGUGAGAGGUAUUGUUGCUGAAAAAAGCAUGCUUUGCCUCUGUGAUGGAAGCUUUUCCAAUAUAUGCUCUACAUCUUCCUCAAAACCAACAUCAAACAUUUGAUCAAGAACCAAGAAUUGAACCUCCACCAAAUUUAGGGUGUUACUGUCAAUAAGGUCAAUAAGUCUUCCUGGUGUUCCAACAUCACAUCAAUUCCACGAGACAAUGCAUUUUGCUGUGAAUUAUAUGACACAAACAAUGCUCAAAUAUGGAGCAGACUCUUUGAUCUCUGAUUCUACUUGCCUUGCCUUGCUAACUCCCUGCUAUGAAGACAAGGUUCUUUUAAAAAAAGCUAACAUAUCUAUCGAAAGGGGUGAUAAAGUUGCCAUAAUUGGGCCAAAUGGUUGUGGAAAGAGCACUCUACUUAAGUUAACUAUGGGUUUACAAAAGCCCAACAGUGGUGAAGUAAUUCUUGGUGAACACAACGUGCUUCCAAACUACUUUGAGCAAAAUCAGGUAAUGCUUCAAGCCCUUACUUGCCAUCCAUGCCCGGUGGACAGCCGCCCAUAACACCGAGUUCAACAGUUUUACCUGGUACACCUGGUGGCAAACCAAUGACACAAAGAAUUUUUUGACAUGAUAUGUGAAAUAAGAGAUGUUGGAGCCCUUAGAGAAGCUAUGGAAAAACUGGAGAAGUAAGUUGAAGAGCUGA